CUCCCACGAGACGAGAACCUUCCACUUCCCACAUCGUGCGCCCUAGAAUCUUUGCUUUGCCCCGACUCGACUCGAUCCCCGGCUUCCGCCGCUCUCGACAGAUCGCGAGGAGAGAGUAGUACCACGGCGGCGGUGUCGGAGGCGAUGAAGUCGGCCGUGACCCGCCUGCUCCGUUCCUCGUCUCCCGUCUCUCCCUCCCGUCUCAGCGCCGCCAUCUUGUUAAAGAAUAAUAGCAAGGCUUUCUUAAGCGAGGAUGCGCGCAACGAUUCCAAACAGGUGGAGGAGCCUUUCAAGGUGGAGGAAGCAGAAACGGUGAAGGUGGCACCACCUUCCCCGGAUAAGCUUCUUGUGCUAGGUGGAAAUGGCUUUGUUGGUUCACAUGUUUGCAAGGAGGCUUUGGACGCAGGAUUUACUGUCGCUAGUCUUAAUAGAUCUGGAAAGCCACCAAUAAGUGAAUCUUGGGCUGACAAAGUUAUAUGGAAUCAAGGCAAUCUCCUUGAACCUGAUUCACUAAAGGAUACUAUGGAAGGUGUUUCUGCUGUGAUAUCAUGUGUUGGAGGCUUUGGAUCAGAUUCUUACAUGUACAAAAUUAAUGGAACUGCAAACAUCAAUGCCAUCAGGGUUGCAUCUGACAAAGGUAUUAAGAGAUUUGUAUAUGUGUCAGCAGCGGACUUUGGUUUGGUGAACUACUUAUUGCAAGGUUAUUAUGAGGGCAAGAGGGCUGCUGAAGCUGAACUUCUGUCAAAAUUUACCUAUGGCGGAGUGAUUUUGAGACCUGGUUUUAUUCAUGGAACUCGCCGAGUGGGUAGUGUAAAAGUACCUCUUGGACUUAUUGGUUCCCCUAUGCAAAUGGUUCUCCAAAGUGCAAAGCCGUUGACCAGAUUACCGCUCGUUGGCCCACUGUUGACCCCUCCAGUGAGUGUCGCCUCCGUGGCGAAAGUUGCUGUAAGAGCAGCUACAGAUCCAGUAUUUCCUCCGGGUAUUGUUGAUGUCUAUGGCAUCAUGCGAUAUAGUGGGCAGAAGUAAGCAUCGGUUGUACAGGAUGAUUCUGCGCAUCUUUCGUUAGUGUUCUAGGUGUUUACAUCGGUUCUCCGAAUGAAUAAGCAGGUAUGGCACAUUAGACGACUCUGGUACGGUCGUUUGUUUCGUUCGAUUUUACAGUUAGUAGGGGGACCAUAUGUGCGAGUGUGAUUUUAUGUAGCUGAUCCAUCUCAGCGGUGAAAUACAAUAAGGAAAUCGUUUCAUGCUCACGAUGUUUAUAAUUGUGUUCUCGUCAUGUUGGGAUUGUGUUGCAUCGACCAUUCUUUUUUAUGUAUAUGCCACGUAUGACAAGACGAUACUGGAAAAAUAUAUUACUCCUGGACUCUGGACAUUUAGACA